GACCGCGUUGCAAAAAAAGAAGACAACACAUCAAAUGUUUUUGCUGAUGUUUUUAUUGAUUUAAAUUCAAUAAAGGAUUUACUCCAUGUGGAGACCAGUAUGCUAACUAUUUCUCUUCAGUUUUCAUCAGAUCCGCCCAUUAUCAGUUUUCAUCAGAUCCGCCGAUUAGAUAGCAUUAGUUCAAGAUGCUGAACGGUGCGUCCCAUGCGGUCACCAACCAGCUUCUCCCUGACAACACCACCCUCAAUGCUGGUACAGAGGAAGAGCUGCAAUGCUAUGGUUACGCGGACAGCAAGAGGAAGAGGCUCCUGUUCUACGUGCUGGUGGUCUUGACCUUGGGAGUGGUGCUGCUCCUCAUUUACUGGAGACGCGAGCUCGAGUGCUACUUGAAGAAAUCUAGGUGUACCCUCUACAGGGCCGACACUGUGCUUCUACAGGACCAAUUUGGGCAGAACUAUGUUUGCAGCAUCAAAUCCUUAAACCUGGCAGAUGAGUUACAUGAGUUCAAUGAUUCGUACAACCGUGAAGAAUCCACACCAGAAAAUGUUCAUGAUGUCAGUGAUGUUGCAAAUCUUACAGUAAAACAGAUGGAGCCAGUGGUUCUAUACUUUGAACACCAGCAUGUGAGAUACCUGUGGUCCAACCAGGAUAAAUCAUACUCCAAACUGCUUGAUUUGUCUACACACACUCGUCUGGCCACCCUGGAGCAGUACAAGGGUCUAUCGUCAAGGCAACAGGCCCACAGACGCAUGCUGUACGGGUCUAACUCCAUCGAGGUCGAGGUCAAGUCCUACUGGAGACUGCUCAUUGAAGAGGUGCUGAACCCGUUCUACAUCUUCCAGAUAUUCAGUAUCGUCCUGUGGGCCACUGACCAGUACUAUGCAUAUGCGGCCUGCAUUCUUGUCAUUUCAUCCGUCUCCAUCAUUGUGUCUCUCUAUGAGACUAAAAAGCAAAUGAUCACUCUACACAACAUGGUGAAGGUGGAUGCGAUGACAAUCACUGUUGCCAGGGGUGAUGGUUGCUAUGAGCCGGUGCAUGUUACUGACCUGGUUCCCGGUGAUGUGAUCGUGAUACCACCCAAGGGCUGCGUCAUGACGUGUGAUGCCGUGCUGCUAGGGGGCACUGUCAUUGUGAACGAAAGCAUGUUGACAGGUGAGAGCCUUCCAGUGACCAAGACCUCCAUUGUGGUAGGAGAGGCCAGCGAGGUCUACUCACCACAGAAUCACAACCGCAGCACCAUAUUUGCGGGGACUCGUGUCAUCCAGACGCGAUAUUACGGAGGCUGUAAAGUCCUGGCUGUCGUUGUGCGCACAGGAUUCAGCACAGCCAAGGGUGAACUUGUGCGGGGGAUCCUGUAUCCCAAGCCCCUGGGGUUCAAGUUUUACCGGGAUGCCUUCCGUUUUGUGAUGUUCCUGGCUCUGGUGGCUCUGAUUGGAAUGGGCUACAGUGUCUACACGCACAUUGAACUUCAUGCAUCUCCAGAGAAAAUCAUCAUUCGAGUUCUUGAUGUGAUCACCAUAAUUGUCCCCCCUGCCUUGCCGGCAGCCAUGACAGUUGGAACAGUGUAUGCACAGAGUCGACUGAAGAAGAAACAGAUCUUCUGUAUCAGCCCACCCAGAAUCAACUUCUGUGGACGCCUUAACCUGUUUUGUUUUGACAAAACUGGAACUCUCACAGAGGACGGAAUGGAUCUGGGGAGAGUUCUUCCAGUCAAAAAUGGCAGUUUCCAGCCCAGUGUCAGUGACCCCAGUCAUCUAGAGCGUGAGGAACUGCUGAUCGGCAUGGCAACCUGUCACUCACUGACCAUCAUUGACGGGGAGAUCUCUGGGGACCCUAUGGAUGUCAUCAUGUUCAACUCUACUAAAUGGACUUUGGAGGAGCCAGGAGCCGAUACCAGCAAGUUUGAUAACAUCAUGCCCACCAUUGUGAAGCCAGCUACCAGAGACACCUUCCAAGAAGAGGAUCUAGGGGAGGCGGGCCAGUUUGAGGUUGGUAUUGUUCGUCAGUUCCCGUUCUCCAACUACCUGAAGUGCAUGAGUGUGAUCACACGCACCCUCACCAAAAGCAAUAUGGCUGUGUUCUCAAAGGGAGCUCCAGAGAAAAUAGUGCAACUUUGUCACAAAGAAACGGUACCAGAAGACUUGCACUCUGUGAUGAACCGGUACUGCCUGCAGGGGUUUAGAGUGCUUGGCCUGGCCUGGAAACAGCUGGAUCACAAGGUGUCCUGGCACCAGGCACAAAGAAUGUCAAGAGAGGAGGCUGAGAGUGAUCUGACAUUCAGCGGCCUGCUGGUGUUCCAGAACAAGUUGAAGAUGCAGUCGAAGCCAGUCAUCAGGACACUGCUUGCCGCCAAUAUCCGUUGCUGCAUGAUCACAGGUGACAGAUUAGACACUGCCGUCUGUGUUGGCCGCAACUGUGGAAUGAUAGAGCCGCGUGAUACUGUUGUCAUGGUGAAGGCAUCGAGGCCAGAGAACGGAGGCGGACCAAAAAUCAUAUGGGAACCAUUGGAAGCGACGUCAUCAGACAACGUUGAUGCAUCCUCUGAUAAUGAGGAAACCCCAUUUUUACCCCCUUCUUAUCAAAAUCAAAAGUUGCUUGGAAGUCUCUCUGUCAUUAAAUUCAACGCCGCCGCUCAGACUACAACUGCCCUAACAUUGUCAGAACCAAGGACCCAUCUAGCUGUAGAUGGCAGCUCAUUCUCCGUACUGGAGCGGUACUUCCCGGAGACACUGAAGAGAGUGUGCAUGCGAGGCACGAUCUUUGCGCGCAUGGCACCUGACCAGAAAUGUCAGCUUAUUCAGAAGCAGCAGGAACUAGGGUACAGUGUAGGUAUGUGUGGGGAUGGGGCAAAUGACUGCGAGGCCCUAAAAGCUGCCCAUGCGGGCAUAUCUCUGUCUGAGGCAGAGGCAUCUGUGGCAGCUCCCUUCACCUCUGCAGUGAACAACAUUGAGUGUGUUGUAACCCUAAUGAGGGAAGGCAGGGCAGCACUGGUCACCUCAUUUGGAUGUUUCAAAUACAUGGCAGUGUACAGCUUCAUACAAUUCAUAUCUGUCAUGAUUCUGUAUUCAUUCGGGUUCAACCUGUCAGAUUGGGAGUUCCUGUAUAUUGACCUUCUCAUCACCACUACCAUUGCUGUCCUUAUGGGUUACACAGCGGCCUAUGAUCGGCUGGUGGCAGCCAGACCGGAGGGUUCGCUGAUCAAACCCUCAAACAUCCUGUCCAUCCUGCUACAGGUACUGGCUGCAGCCCUGUUCCAAGCUGCAGCAGUUGUGUAUCUGAAUGCACAGAAAUGGUACUCCAAAGAAUUGCCCUUGAAAGAUGAGAAAGAGGGUCAAACUCCAUCUUGGGUCAACACGGUUAUCUUUGUUGUGUCGACUUACCAGUACAUCACAGUUGCAUUCUGUUUCUCCAAGGGACCACCGUUCCGAAAGCGCAUCUACACAAAUGUACCAUACAUGAUCUGCCUUGUCUUCCUGCUAGUGUUCUCCACAUGUAUAUUUCUCAUUCCCAUUCCGUUGCUGGAGAAAGUUCUUGUGAUGCAACCGUUGGAAGUUCAUCCUCUUCAGUUCAGAGGUCUUCUACUGGCUAUUGUGGCUAGCCAUUUUGUUGUGGCAGUGGCAAUUGAGUACUUGGUCUCAGACAACCUGUGCAUUGGAGGCUGCAUUAAGGGCUGUGUUAACAGAUUAAAGAGCAAGAAAAACACAUCCCCAUAUAAGCUGCUGGAGAAAGAUAUAGAGGCUACAAACUGGCCGCCGGUAGGUCUCGUCUCUUUCUCUGACGCUGCCUCAGACGUUGGAGUGAUCUUGGAAGAAAGGAAUUCUGGGAUUUUUGAGUUGUCUGUUAAUAGAUGACCCAUGGUUUCAAUGGUGACAGGGUCAGAUGACAUUAUUGCAAUAGGAAUGUACCAGGUUAUGCACAGUUUCAUAUAUGGGUCAUUUAUUAACCAUGGAUUGUAUACUUGUCAAGACUUUUUUCUUUAUUUAUUUUGAAAAUUGUCUGUUUAAUGGAUAAUCCUCUAUUUCUUUAGAAACAUAUACACACUUCUAUAGUAAAGUUCUAAUGUAUGUACAUUUCAGUUGUCCGUUAAUAGAUGCUAAUGGUCUCUAUUACAUGUAUUGCAUGUAUUGCUAUGGCAGAUGUCCAAAUUUUAUUAAAAAAUGAUUGACCUUUUCAGUCUAAUUACUGUUAAUAUAGUCAACAGUGUCUGUAGAAACCAAAGGAAACAGAAUAUGUAGAUGUAUAUCAAUACAUUCUGAUUAGGUCUUGUUAUCUUACCCAAGAACAAAUCUUGAACAAUAUACGCAUUUUCCUUGUAUACAUGGAUAUGCAGUUCUUUGUACUGAUUUCUUUAACAUUUAUGUCGUAGAUGUUGUAAACAGUCUAUUGACCUUGCCAGUACAAUGUCUAACCAGCUGAAGCAGCAAGUUUGUAUUUGGCUGAAAAAAGAUCAUUUAGAAUAGGCAUUUUUCAUGAGCAUGCAUUUUACAUGUAUAUGAGCUGUGAAUUGAGAGAACUUGUUUGUGUAAAGUGUUGUCUCAGAUAAGCCUGUGCAGUCCACGUAGGCUAAUCAGGGACAACACUUAUACUUGCCUCAUUGUUAAUGUGUGCAUCUUACGAUUUGACUCUUACAAAAUGAAACCUGAUUUUGUGAUAUAGCUGUGAGACGAUGCUUUGUGGGAGGGUUAGCUUUACUUGAUAUGAAAAUGUUUAUGUUUGUGUUUAUUGUUAUUUGUUGUUUACUUAGACACAAAGCGUCACAUGUACAUUGUUAUUUGUUAAACUGUAUAAUGAUUUCACAUAUUUUUCUAAUGUUUUCAAUAUUUUGCAAAUUUUGAGAUUAUCUGAGUACUAGGUUAUAAACAUACUUGAAUUUAUUGAGUUAAAAACUCCCACAUACAUUUGUGUGUUUUGUUUUUAUGUGAUAUGCAACAAAUUCUUUGAAUGUACUUCUAUAGAUUUGAAAUGUUUGUUUGAUUUACAAGAUGUUUGAAAUCAUACACUUAAGGAAAUCCAAUAAAUAUAAAGGAUUUCAUUCAAUAAUUAUUCUUUUUUUGUGUGAUAGUAGGUAAUUAGAAUUUAAAACUAAAUUUAGAUUUAGGGAUUAGUUUGGAAAGGGCUAUUUUUAUUCUCCUUUAAAAAAAAUUUUUUUAGCACACAGUAUUUAUCAUUCAUACAUGUUUAAUACAACAUUUGUGUUUCUUUUAAGCUUACCUGAGCACAACGUGCUCAUGGUGAGCUUUUGUGAUCGCCUUUUGUCUGUCGUGCGUUGUCCGUUGUGCGACGUCAACAUUUGCCUUGUUAACUCUCUAGAUGCCACAUUUAUUGUCCAAUCUUCAUGAAAUUUGGUCAGAAGAAUGGUUUCAAUGAUAUCUUGGAUGAGUUCGAAAAUGGUAACGUUUGCUUGAAAAACAUGGCUGCCAAGGGGCGGGGCAUUUUUCCUUAUUUGGCUAUAAAUAGCUAUAGUAAAAUCUUGUUAACACUCUAGACGCCACAUUUAUUUUCUGAUCUUCAUGAGACUUGGUCAGAAGAUUCAUCCCAAUAAUACCUUGAAGGAGUUCAAAAAUGAUGCCAGUUGGUUGAAAAACAUGGCUGCCAGGGGGCGGGGCAUUUUUCUUCACAUGGCUAUAGUAAAACCUUGUCAACACCCUAGUGGCCACAUUUAUUUUCCGAUCUUCGUGAAACUUUGUCAAAAGAUUUGUCCCAAUAAUAUCUUGUUAUCUCAGGUGAGCGACUUUGGGCUUUUCAGGCCCUCUUGUUUAAAUCUCUGGAGAUUUGAGAAAUAGUUUAGAAAAAAAACACAAAAACUUGUUUUCUUGUAUAUUCACAAUUUGUUUGUACAAUCCAUAACAAGUUAUCAGCCUCUGUUAAAGCCUCUAUAACGCUGAAAAUCAACUUUAAUUAAUGAAAUACUUUACGAAAUUUUCGUUGAUUGUGAACAUUAUAGAGGCUUCAACAUAUUCUGAUGAUGCAUUUAUGCUUUAAAAUGAUAUUACAUGUGUAUACAUAUAAACAUAUAAUCAACAUGUGCAAUGGUACUUGAUAUUUUAUUUUCAUAAUUUACCUUACAAGAAUUUUUAUUGAACAACACUGGGCAAGAGUUAUAGCGCACCAUCGACUGCAAUGGCUGUAACCUCUAUUAUUGAACAAUCAACAUUUUAGCUUAUCAACUAUUAAUCUUAUUGUUUGUGGUAUUUUUCAAGUGUUUUGUUAAAAACUCAUGCAAGUGUAACUGUGCAUGUAAUAUUUGUUAAAAAUAAAAGAACGUACACUUAUUCUCAUUUUUGACAUAUUUCUUCCUGACAAUUUGAGUUAAUUUGAACAUUUUGUGCAUGGCAAUUUUUAUGCCCUCUUUUGAAGAAGAUGGGGUAUAUUGUAUUGCACUUGUCGGUCCGUCGGUCUGUCCACCAGAUGGUUUCCGGAUGAUAUUUCAAGAACGCUUAGGCCUUGGAUCAUGAAACUUCAUAGGUACAUUGAUCAUGACUGGCAGAUGACCCCUAUUGAUUUUCAAAUCACUAGGUCAAAGGUCAAGGUCACAGUGACUCGAAAUAGUAAAAUGGUUUCCGGAUGAUAACUCAAGAAUGCUUGCGUGUAGGAUCAUGAAACUUCAUAGGUACAUUGAUCAUGACUGGCAAAUCACCCCUAUUAAUUUUCCGGUCACUAGGUCAAAGGUCAAGGUCACAGUGACUUUAAACAGUAAACUGGUUUCCUGAUGAUAACUCAAGAAUAAUUAGGCCUAGAAUCAUGAAACUUCAUAGGUACAUUGAUACAUGACUGGCGGAUGACCCUUAUUGAUUUUCAGGUCACUAGGUCAAAGGUCAAGGUCACUGUGACAAAAAACGUAUUCACACAAUGGCUGCCACUACAACUGACAGCCCAUAUGGGGGGCAUGCAUGUUUUACUAACAGCCCUUGUUUUUCAGUGAAUCAAAGUGGAGCACAUUUGGUUGAAUUAAAAAGAGAAAAAAGUAUGUGUACAUUUAUGUUAAUUUUUAGUGAGAAGUAGCUUAUUCUAAGUUUUGAAAAAUUCAGCACAUACAUUCUGGUGAAUGUAAAUACCACCAACACAUACAUAUGAGCUGUGCUCUGUGUAAAGGGGGAUUUGCGUCCCAAAUUAGCCUGUGCACUCUGCAAAGGCUAAUCCUGAGGGAUGACACUUUUCGCUUUUAUAAUAUUUUCUGUUUAAAGAAAGUAUCUUAAGCAAAAAUCCAGUUUCAGCGGAAAGUGUCAUCCCUGGACUUUACGCACAUGCAUUAAACCCCCUUUUCACAGAGCAUGGCCCAUAUACUUGAAUAAGACUGUGUUAAAUUGUUACCAAUAUAUUUACAAUAUUGUUUGUGGCCACUAUUUAAAAUAUAAGUCUUAAUGGUACUUAAGGACUAUAAGGUUUAUACUUUAUAAAUACAUGUAUGUUUAUGCAUGAUAUUUACAGUAAGCACUCCAGUUUGACCCAGGCAAUCAAUCAGUGUUUCUAUGAUGGUUGUCUUGUAUUCAGUAGUUAGGCAAUAAAUUGAGGUAUUUAAUGAAUACAAUCAUUUUCUUAAUGUUUUGCUUUGUUUCCACAUAUUUUGUGUGAUAAAAAAGCUUGCAAAUAAAACCAUUUUAUAUUGUUUGCAUUUAAAGGUAUAGGUUUUUAUUUUUUAAGCAAGCCUUUAAAAAAGCUGCGUUUUGUCAACCAGAACCUUUGUAAAAAAAAUAAGUGGUGAAAUACUUCUGGGGAUAGAGAGCAGCUUUUCCUGAGUAUUACAAUUUUUUCUUCAAAAUUUUUAUUUUAAUUUUUUAAUUAUUGUUUCAUGCGGCUCUUUGUUUAGUUUUGACCGUUCAGUUGUAUGAUUUUUAAUAAGACUAAAAUGUUGUUUUGAUUGGUCCAAUAUUUAUUAAGUUAAUUCAUUGUUCAUAACAGCUAAAACAAAUGUAAUAUUUUGCUAAUUAAAACUGAAUGGCCUCAUAAAAUAAAUUUACCACAAAGUGUGCAGUUGAUUUAUUUAGCUGAUCAAAUGAGCUGUGUUCUGAGAAAACUGGACAUAAGGCAUGUGCGUAUAGUGUCCUCCCAGAUAAGCCUGUGCAGUCAAGUAAUUAUGGUCUUAAGGGUAAGAGCUUUGCUUUUUAUUUGUUAUCCAAUUUUUGUUGUUUUUUUUUGUUAUUUUUGAUGUAAUAUUUCAGUUUAUGUUCAUGCUUAUUUAAAGUUACUUAAAUAAAACUAGUAUGAAUUGAGUCAUUCAAAUUUUUGUUCAAAUAAUUGUGCACUUCUUUUGUGCUUUUAAUCUUAUUUAUGUCUAUAUGUUUUGUUCAAAAUGACCAUUUGGUGCAAACAAAUAUUUAUAUUUUGAUAUAGAUUUAUUUCUUAUUUUUAUGAUCUGAUAUACAUUAUCAUUCCCUUUUUGCAUGUAUUAACCAACUGAUUGUUUUACUUAUAUCUAAAAAUAGAAACAAUUCUGUAAACUGUUAUGCUUCAAUAUUCAAUAUUGUUGAGUCUGAAGUGACAAAUUGACAACUCAAGUUACAUUCAUGUUCGUAUAGAAAAUUUUGCUUCUGACAUUAAAAAAAACAUAUUGAUAGCCUGUAUCUAUUCAAACUUUGGAAUCAGCUUUCUUUCGUCAAAGUCUAUUCUGUAUACGCAUGUCAAAGAAUGGGUUGGAAUAUAUGGACUCUGUAACUGUCAUUCAUGCCCCAAUAUGAAAAUGGUAGAUGGUCAUGACUUGUUUAUCAUGUCAGUGUGUGCCACAAAUGAUCAACAAAUCUAGGCACAAAUGUAAUCUGCUAAACCCUUUCCCACUCAGAAUGGCUAUGUGCAAUCAGCAUAAAACUAUAACAGUAUGCAAGUAACUCACAGUGUGCUCAGGUUUUAUGUUGUUUGCUUCUGAUCAGUAUCUUAAGAUUGAAAAUAAACCCUUUAAAACUUUUAUUUAGUAAGCAGGAUCUGUAAUUUAAUGUGAUUUUCUAAGGGACUUCAACCAUGUCAAAUUCAUACAGGAGUGGUAACGGGUUAAAGAUGCAGGUCAUAAUUACAAUAUUAACAUAAUUUGUAACAUAAUCCUUUCCCACUUAGAAGCAAAGAAGAAAUUGCUAUGUGCAAACAGCAUUAAACCAGUACAGCAUGUGAGUAACUCGCAGUCUGUUCAGGUUUUAUGCGUAUUGCUACUCAUCAGUAUAUAAGGGUUGGAACUGAAACUUUUAAAACUUUGGUCUAGUAAAAAAGGUCUUCAAUUAAAUUUAUCUUUCUAAGGGACUACACAUGCAUCAAAAUACAUUACUAAGUGGUAAAGGGAUAAGUGACAAUGGUACAUAAAUAGAAUGAAUUAACCCGUUUUCUAAUUAUUUUUGCUACAUUUUGUGUAAUUUUGUAAAGAAUACCUGUAGUUAUCACGAAUUUUCAAUGGUUGAUAGUAAGUAUUGGCAAAAUAUUUACGCAGUUUUUGCGACAUGAAUUUAUUAUGUAAGUGCUAUGCCAGAAGUAAAAAACAGUGAUACAAAAAGAGAGAUCAAAAAUAGGUAAAUUGAUGAAACUUUGUAUUUCUGCAUCCAGGUACUUUUAGCAAGGUCACCAUCUCCUAUGGACACAUUUUUAGCAUAGGUGCUUGCACCUAUGCUUGUGGUAUAUACCACAUUUCGAAAAUCCACAUACAUCGGUUGUCCAUUAUGAAGCCUUACCUGAUCAAAAAUCAGACGAAAUAUCUAUUUAAUUGAGCAUAUGGUAAUUCUUACAAUUUUUUGGGGGGAAACGUUUUUCUAACGUUUUCUUCCAAGAAUAUUGCUGACACCGUUUUUAGUGAAUUUUUCUAAGACCGUUUUAUGUCAAAAAAUCCUCUUAUAACCUAAAACAAAUUUCGUUCGUAAAACAAUUCUGUUCUUGUUGAUAGUGACCUCACACCUAAUUUAUAUGGGAUCCCAAUUUCUAUUUCCUUCGUUUACUGUUCUGUGAGAGGUCAAAUGUUUACAUAACUAAAUUAAUAAGGCCCUGGUUAAAGUAUAUGUAACAUUUCAUCGGUUAAUUAUAAAUAGAAAUUAAAACAUAUUCUCAGCAGGAAGUGGGGCAUAUAGCACUUUUAUUCUUUGAAAAUGUGUAAAAAAUGGCGGAGUACGAUGAAUGUUUUCUGAUUUAUGACAUGGAUUCUGACGUGCCUUUCUAUGGAUUUGAUGAAGUAGAGUUUAAAAGUAAUAGAGUUGUGUUAAUUGAAGUUAAAAUGAUUUACUUUGAGCCAGAAAUUUACGUUACGAGUAGAGUUAACGGUUUAAAUGUGGCAUCGGAUUGAAUGGAUUCGCGCGAAUUCUGGACGAGUGCUGUGUCUGUAAAAUAUUAAAUGGAAAGCUGUAAAUGUAUCAAGUCGGAAAAGAAAACGGAUGGUUGCAUAAUGGUAUGCGUGAAAUAAUGUAAUUCUACGUAUUUAUUUUCAUAGUUAUGUCAUUUUGUAACCAUUCACAUUCGUCACUAUUUGGAAUUCCCGUUUCUAAAAAUAGACCAUUUUGUUAACAAGGGGGGCGACUCGUGAUGUCAGCAAUCGUUAAGGCUACAAUAUACUAAAUAAUCGAGUCAUGAAGGGCUGUACUUUCUAAACAAAUCAUCAUAUUUUCCUCGAAGGCAUGUUAUACACUUUGUUCUGGUUUUAUCGUUUGGAGAUAUUGAUAGGGUAAGCAUAGGUGUUCACUACUUAAUCCCUGAAAUAGGAUAAAGUUGGAGAUUAAAGUAAAAAAUGGCACUGCAAAAGGUUACAAUCCACUAGAAAACGGCCGAAAAAGGCGCAAAAACAGUCGAUUUUGAUUUGAGUCGAAUUUGUUUUUGGUUUGAACAUGACAAAUCUUUUUUAUUGCUUAAAUCGAUUCAGCUAAGAAUGCCCGUCAAGAAAAGGUAUGGUUAUGGGGGUCUCUAUGUGUAAAAUGUUGUAUUUAUUUUCGCUCAAAGUUGUCGCUUUUACAUCGAAACAUAUAAGGAAACUAUUUAGUAUAUUUUGACCUAAACAUUGACUUCAGCAGCAACUUCCCUGUAUCUUGCAACUAUGCUUUCAGCGCCAUCGGCGCUCUCGUUAAUAUUUGUUGAAUUUAUAUCAUGCUUGUUGCUCAUUCCAUGGCAAUGUCCUGCUUUCUUCUAAAAGAACCAUUUUGGGGAAUUUAUAUUUAACCAAAAAUGCAAGAUACCAAGGUUAUGUUACUGAUUUAUAUAUCAGAAAUUCAAUCCUUUGAUUAUUUGAUUCCUAUUGCUUACAGCAGUUUUAACGCAAACUCUGCAAUGUUGCAUUGAAAGGUAUAAUUGUCUAUAUUAUCAGGAAAAUGUAAUAAUCUUUUUACCUGCACAUGUGGAAAUGGAUAUGAUGCACAAUGUGACCAGCACAGCUCUAAACCAGCUUUUGCACACAGUUGCACAGUCUGGUCAUGGGCUUGUUUAUCCCAUGUGAGAGCAGGAAACUUUGCGUUACUUAACAAAAAAAGUCGUUCCUGACCAAACUGCCUGAUUUCAUGGGUUUGUCAGGAGCUAUGUUGACUGCAUAUUGCAUAGCCCUUUCCCCCAUAAGAAGCAAAAUGUAAAUGCAGUCUGUUCAGGUUUUAAGCUGUUUGCUUCUCAUCCGUAUCUAAGGGUUGGAAAUGAAGCCUUUAAAACUUGAAAUAAGUUAAAAAAAGGUCUUUAAUGAAAUUUAUCUUAGGCUACAAAUGCGUCAAAAAACGCACAGCCUUCUUAGACUUUUGAUCCUACAAAUCUGAAAAAUUAAGGAUAUAAAAAAUUAAUAUAUUAGUUAUUUAUUUUAAAUGAAAUUUUAGUUGCCCAAUUUUUAAUAUUUAAUUUGUAGCUUCACAUUAAAUCCAUAGUUUCAGUUUAGAAUGUGUUGUACAAUUGUCUUCGAAGUUUGUUUCUGAGAUUCGAUGUUUUUGUUUUUGUUUAAAAAUGAAAAAAUUGUGUACGUUGUCUCAAAAAUCAUUAUAACACAACCAUCCUAAUAAUUUGUUUACUCAUUUUGUAUUGUUGUACACUUUGUGAUGCAUUCUGCCCAUUUAUCUCUAUUUAUGCUUAGUUCUUUGUACAUUUUGAUUAAUGCUUUAAGCCCUAUAUUUAGCUUUAAAUCCAUCGUUUUUUGUAUGCUUCGACAGAAAUGGGAUCAAAUAAGCAGCAAAUGUUUGAAUAAACAACGAAAUUCGGCAAUAUCCUACUGAUAAACGCAAUUCAAACAAAGGAUUUCAAAUGCCUGGUGCCCGAUGUAGAUUUCACUUGGUCUGCCAAUGGGGAGUUUAAGUGAGCAAAGUAUGUCCUUUGUUACAUUUGAUUGGUAAUAUGAGAUAAAUGUUAAUUUUGUUUUGUAUACUAUUUGUUUACUGUUCAAAAUAUUGUUAAUAUUUUGCUCAAUAAAAAAUAUAUUUUUGUGUCCUCAGCAAGUACUCGUCGUGUGCUUUUGUGAUUACCCCUUGUCUUAUUUUUGAUAAUUUUUUGUCCUUUACCGCUUUGCCUAUAUCAUAUUCAGGAUGGAAGAGUGGCUUUAUGUACCAUUUGACAAAUGUUUUCCCCGUGGUAUAAAACAUAUUCACUUAAUUUGGUAUAUUGUACCAAUGGAUUUGUUCGGCAAGUCUUUAAAAAUCUCUUCAGUGAUAGGUUCAUAUUUGGCAUGCUGCAUUACAAUGUGGGCCUUAACAGAUAUUGUUCAAAUCGUGUCCCUUGGUAAAUAAACGUUUACCCUUGAGGCCGAAAAUUCUAUUUUGCAACAAGGUCUCAGGUGAGCGUCUUGGGACCCUGAGGGUCAUCUUGUUUGGAAAUUGAUGCGUGGGCCUUUAGGGUCCUCUUGUUUGGGAAAUUGACACUAAUAUAAUUUUUUGCAUAGCACAAUGAUACCUGGCAUUGUUAAAUACGAUAUGAUUGUUAUUGUUUGUAUAUAUUCUGUUUUAUUUAUGCAAUAGUAUCAAAUCAGAUUAGUUCACCCUGGACUUGUAUACUCAUUAAAAAUAAAUAUGUUCAAGAA